AUGAAGGACAUCUCUUCCGUUGAGACUUUGACCGUUCCAGAGGGUGUCACCGUCGCCCUCAAGGCUAGAAACAUCACUGUUGAAGGUCCCAGAGGAAAGAUCACCAAGAAUGUCGGUCACAUCCAAAUGGAUAUCCAACUUGUCAAGAAAGCUAAGUCUCAACAAGUUGUCUUCACCAUCUGGCACGGUGCCCGAAAGCACGUCGCUUGUCUUAGAACCAUCAAAUCUUUGGUUGAGAACAUGAUCACCGGUGUCACCAAGGGAUUCCUUUACAAGAUGAGACUCGUUUACGCGCAUUUCCCCAUCAACGCUAUCCCAGGUGACGGUGGUAAAUCCAUCCAAAUCCGAAACUUCUUGGGUGAGAAAUUCGUUCGAGAAUGUCCUAUGCUUGAAGGUGUGACCGUUGCCAUGUCCGAUGUCAAGGAUGAACUCCUCAUCUCCGGUAACGAUAUCGAGAAAGUUUCCCAAUCAGCCGCUUCCAUCACCGAUAAAUGUAGAGUCAAGGAGAAGGAUAUCCGAAAGUUCUUGGAUGGUAUCUAUAUCUCCGAACGAACAACCGUUGUUCAAGAAGAAGUAUAA